AGCCAAAGGAGCUAAGGAGAGAUCCACUGCUGGGGAAAGGCUCAUCCAGGCAGCUGUGGGAGACAUUUUAUCCCCUGCCAAGAUGAAGCUGCAGCUGCUGUGUCUGGGGCUGAUGCUGUUGUGCACCCAAGGGGAAGGCGAUGAGGCUGUGAGAGGCAACUUUGACUUGGAAAAGAUUUCAGGGAAUUGGUAUACUAUUGAAGAGGCCUCUGACAAAAGGGAGGCAAUAGAGGAAGGUGGUAUCAUGAGGGUGUUUAUACAAAGCAUUGAACCAGUGGAUGACUCCGCCUCAUUCUUUACAUACUGGACACAUGCAAGUGGAGAAUGUAAGCAAUUCAAUGUCACUUCCAACAGAGUAGCAGAAGGUGUAUAUACUGAUGAAUAUGAAGGAUACAAUGUCUUUCGCAUACUUGAUACAGACUAUACAAACUAUGUUAUACUUGAACUCUGGAAUUUCAAGGCUGAGGGAAGCUUUCUACUGCUGCAGCUCUAUGCCCGAGAACCAGAUGUGAGUGGAGAAAUCAAGAGAAGGUUUGAGCACUUUUGUCAUAAAAAUGGAAUUCGUGAGGGAAACAUAAUAGACAUGACUACGGUUGAUCGCUGUCUCCAGGCCAGAGGUGAAAAGUAACGUAAGCCUCCAGUGCUAGUGAGUGCUUCCCUGUCUGGACUCUGCAGCAUCUCUUCCCAACUCUAUGCCACCUCAUGCAAGUUCAGCGGCCUGAGAACCAUCAUGCUCACAUAUGGAAGUGUCACCCCUGCAUCUCAGAUCUUCCUUAAUCGCCGAGGAUCAAUUCGCCAAGAAGCAAAGCUUUCCCUCUAGAUUUCUCUUGAUUCCCAUAGCUAUGGAAACUGUAUACAAAUAAGAUCUUUCUUGACCUGUUCAAUAAAUGAUUAGCCUUGCA